AUGCCUCAACGAAAGGGAUUGGUGGCUCCACAGAACACAUUUUUGGACACCAUUGCCACUAGAUUUGAUGGAACACACAGUAACUUUGUACUGGGCAAUGCUCAAGUAAAUGAACAUCCAAUCGUCUAUUGUUCGGACGGUCUGAUUGAACUAACCGGGUACAACCGCUCGCAGAUCAUGUCCCGAUGCUGUUCGUGCAGUUUUCUUUGGGGUGAUCAGACCACUGAAGAAGCCCGGCAGCUCAUAACGGAUGCGCUCGAGAAGAAGACAAAGUUGCAAAUCGAGGUAUAUUUUCACAAAAAGAAUGGUUACGCUUUCCUCUGUCUCAUGGACAUCGUUCCGAUCAAAAACGACAAAGAUCAAGUCGUUUUAUUUCUGGUCUCUCACAAAGAUAUCACCCACGAGCGUCAAAAGAAAGGCCCUUCUUGCUCAAAUGUAUCAGCGCACAAUUGUCCCCACAAAAUAUUCCGAAAUCAUGCAACCAAAGUUGGACAUCCAACAACUCCCGGUCUGACUAAGCCAAGCAGUUUCCUUAGCGCCGGUUUAGCGACCACUAUCACUGCAGCAGCGCUGGGGACCACUGCGUUUCGUAAAAACAAGUUGUUGGAUUAUUUGCACGCAAACCAAAUACAAAUUGCACAAGUCUGUCCCCCCAGACCCAUUCCCGUGCGCUGUCCGGCAUCACCUAUUCACACAGACGACCCAAAUGAGAAUCAUCUGCCCACGCGAGUAUCAAGACGAUCUCAUCCGCGGUCCUCGUUGAGUAAAACGGAUGAUAGUGUUCCCCUGACCGGGGAAAGUCCCAGAUCCUCGCGUCAUAGCUCCCUAACGGAACGAGAUUCGCUAACUUCCAUCAAAGAUCUGCAUACAUGUGAAAAGGGUGAAGCUGAUGAUGAUGAUCGUUUGAGUAGGAGUGACCAAAACGCGGCGAACCAAACCCUGUUGGUUAGCGAUAGUGAAGAACAGUCGGAAAACACAUCCGAAUCGGACAGUAGCGAUGACCCUAGCACCGUAUACAAAUUUCAGCGUCGACGCAGUCGGGCCGUUCUGUAUCAACUUUCCGGGAGAUUUGACCAAAAGUCCAAACGAAAAACACCUCUGAAGCGGUUUCAGCGAAUCUCCGGCAAAGAGGCAAUUCCCGAGUACAAAGUUCAAGAUGUUCAGGCAUCACGCUUCAUUCUGCUGCAUUACAGUCUAUUCAAAAUUGUCUGGGACUGGAUGAUUCUCAUCUGCACUUUCUACAUUGCAAUCAUGGUCCCGUACAAUGCGGCUUUCUCGCUGGAUACAGAUGGCAAAGAUUUGCUAAUUUGUGAUAUCAUUGUCGAGCUACUGUUCAUCAUCGAUAUUAUUUUGAACUUUGUGACCACAUUUGUGAGCAAAAGCGGUCAAGUGGUCUAUCAUACUCGCGCUAUCGCCAUCAAUUAUUUGCGAGGCUGGUUCUUCCUCGACUUGGUUGCCGCGAUCCCGUUCGAUGUGAUUUUGGCAGUACAUAAUCGUGAUAUAAACGGAUCUAUCGGUGGUGUGGGUAGCUGGAUACAACUGCUCAAACUGGCCCGACUGCUACGAUUGGCUCGGCUGUUUCAGAAAAUCGAACGCUAUUCACAGUACAGCACGGUGAUUCUGGGCCUGUUGAUGUGCAUGUUCUUUCUCAUCGCGCACUGGUUCGCCUGUGGCUGGUUUUGGAUUGGCUGGGCAGACUACGAAUCAUCCAAAACUCGGGAAUACACCACCUAG